AUGUUCCAUACAUUCGAGGGUUUCGAAAAUCCUACGGCAGCAACUCCUGCCCGUAACCGGUCCACUAGUGAAAGGCGUGAUUCCAUUAGUCGCCGUGUGACAACCUUGCGCGCUUGUACAUCUUGUCGCCAUCGCAAGAUCAAGUGUGAUGGCGAGAAGCCAUGUGAGGCAUGUCGGUGGUAUAAGAAGUCAGACCAGUGCCACUAUUCAGACCCACGGCCAUCACGGAGACACGUAGAAAAGCUAUCUACCACCCUGGAAGAGUAUCGAGGUAUCUUGGGAAAGUUAUUCCCCAACUUCUCUCCAGAGUCAUUGGCAAAUUUGCCACGUGAGAAACUCCUUGAGCUCAUAACCACUCCAUCGAGCUCUCAUAUGCAAGCACUGUCACAUCAGACCGAUUCACCAUCGACAUCGGCUUCGCUGGAAGCCCAUGUCUCACCGUUAUCGAAUGACGAUGACAACCUCGAGGCCCUGCAAACUAUGCCUGAGGAACUACCCGAUAGCCGUAAUACUAGCUCCUCUGAUCUAGUAGAGGGCGUCUCAGAUGAUGUUAAUGGCUUGUCGCUGUCGGCUCGCCAACCUUCAUCUUACCUGGGUGUAUCAUCUAUCCAGGCUGUGAUCAAGGUUAUUGUCUGGUUGGAUCCAGGCUGUGCCCCGUACUUUUCGCGUACGCCCGUGAAUGAACAGGAAAAUGCGAUAGGAUGGCCGCAUCUUGCGCCUCCCACACCCUCACAGCCCCCUAUUCCACCUUCAGAGAUGCAAAUGCUCGAUGCAUAUUUCCUCUAUUUCCAAGCCUUCGCUCCCAUGAUCGAUGAGCCCUCCUUCCGUGAGGCUUACUGCUCUGGUCGUCGGAGAGAUGACCAUUGGCUUGCUCUGCUGAACAUUGUUCUUGCUCUCGGUUGCAUUGCUGCUACAGGACCCGAUGAUGUAACACACCAGACAUACUUCCUGCGAUUCAAGGGUCACUUAACUCUGAGUUCCUUGGGAAGCUCCCAUAUCGAGACUAUCCAGGCGCUGGGACUGAUGGGGGGCUGGUACUGUCACUAUAUCAGUCAGCCGAAUCUAGCAUACUCCAUUAUGGGUGCCGCGCUGCGUAUGGCGGCUGCCCUAGGAUUGCACAAGGAGUUUACGGAGACUCAUCAAAUAUCGAGUCCGGCCAAGCUAGCCUCCAUGGAUCUUAAGCGCCGCGUCUGGUGGUCUUUGUUCUGCAUGGAUACCUGGGCCGGCAUGACGCUAGGCCGACCUAGUAUGGGUCGGAUAGGCUCGAACAUUACAGUUAAACCCCCUCUAUGUCGAGAUAAGGGAAACGUCCUCGAGAUCCUCCCCUUAGUGGAAAACAUUCGCUUCGCCAAAAUCGCAACCCAAGUCCAAGAGUCCCUCGCCGCAGCACCGCUAGUCAAGCACCAAGAAAUGGCCCACGCAGAUGCACAGCUCCUAGAGUGGUGGGACAACCUCCCCUCCGUCCUGAAAGACCACCAGCCCUGCUCGGAGUCAAUAAAAACUGUCCGCACAGUAAUGCGCUGGCGCUAUUAUAACCAGCGGAUCCUCCUGUACCGACCAACACUGCUCAACUACGCCAUGCGACGUGUGCCUUAUAUAGCACUGCGAUCCGAGGAGCGCACUGCGAUUGAAAAAUGUCGCCAAGUCGCAGAAGAAUCUAUUCGGAAUAUUGCCGCUACAGCGCAGCUUAACCAAUUGUGCGGAUGGAAUGCUGUUUGGUGGACCUUCCAGGCUUCUCUGGUGCCCUUAGUGGGAUUGUUCCUCAACGAUCCAACGGUAAAUGACCCCCGUGCUUCCAUUGAGUCCUGUCAAGUACAGGUGGAAAUGGCUAUGAUGACUCUGGCCCGUAUGCAGUCCUUUGGCCAUACGGCGAAGCGAUCGCUGGAUGCUAUCUCGCGUAUCUACGAGGCUAGCAAGCGGGGGCAGGACCUCGCUGAUCCUGAUUCUUCCGCUAGCAUUUUUGGUGGCUCUUAUCCCGCUGAUCGGGAUAUGUCGCUCAUAUUCGCGGCGUCUAAUACAUGUCGUGGUAACAUGGGCGAGAAUGGGUUCCUUGACCCCCUCGCUAAUACCCCGUUCACGGAUGAUUCGGGGGCCCAGUAUCUCUGGGAGUAUCUGAGUUGGAGUGACAACAAUUUGUGGCCGGGGAUUGCCGCUGAUGUUGAUGAGAGGAACGACACGAUGUCUUUGUUGACCCCGGAUCAUGAGAAAGGUCUGAAAUUCGGAGAACAAUCGACGUAUUUUGAUGCCAUGCCGGACCCUGUUUUUUUCACAAAUGGCGGGCUUUACUACUGA